AUGCACCAACAAUCAACCCUCUUUAUCGACUCCCCCGCCGCACCCACCGUCCCCUCAUACUUUGCCCCUUCCUCAAAACAACACAAGCAGCGCCGCUCAGUCUCCAGCUUCGCCUCUCGUCAAUCCCACCACUCCUCUUCCUCUUCUUCAGAAAACGACGACGACGAUGACGACUCGCUCGUGAACCGCCCCUCCCUCCACCAAAUCCUUGUCAAUCAAGGACGCGGUCAAUACACCCUCGAUAGCUUUGGCGCCUUCCUCCAGUCUCAGUUCUGUUACGAGAACUUGGCCUUCUGGCUCGCUUCUCGCCAAUACAAGUUGUGCGCCCAGUCUCUGUUCCAAUCAGUCCAGUCCUCUGCGCCCAUGUUCACCCUCCACAGCGAUACCGCCCACCAUCUCAACCAGUCCCAAUCUCGCGCCUUCUCUGACCUGCAGAGCAAGAUGCGCGCCAUUCUGGAGACAUUUGUCCUCCCCAGCAGCCCCCACGAGCUCAACCUCUCUGACGCUGUCCGCUGCCGUCUCUUGAGGUCUGUGGCCGAAGGUGAUUACCACCCCCAGGUCCUCGAGCAGGCCCGUGAGUCUAUCAUGGAUUUGAUGAAGUGCUCCAGCUACCCUAUGUUCCUUGAAACCAUUGCUGCCAAGAGAGCUUCCAACGCCGGUUCCUCCCAGUCUACGUCCUCGUCUUCUACUCAGCAAGACAGCCAUAGCGAUGGCUCGAGUGGAUCUUGGCGCAACAAAGCAAAACACCAUUUCAAACUCGUCUCCAAGAUGUUGAAGCGAAACCCCUAA